AUGGGAAACCUGCAUACUAAAACAGAGGGAAGAAACAAGCUAUCUAUUCACACAUCCCGCGACGGCCAAGCAUUUACAAGUCAGUUCAGCUUGUCGCAUUUUGUGGGCAACCUCAGCGGACGCUCCUACCUAAGCGUAACCAGCAACCAUUCGGUGUACAGUACUUCUCGGCCUUGGUCACGAGUAUCUAGACGAAGGUGGCACGAUUCUACAUUAAAUAAUCCUCUUGAAGCUUGUAAAACUGCUUGGCCGGUUGCCCACAAAGAGUCAAUAUUUCUCCCAGAAUUCCCCAUCACAACUGAUCUCUUGAAGAAAGACUUUGAAGUAGUUCAAACAAUCGCUAAAGGUGCAUUUGGAGAGGUAUUUAAAGUGAGAAAGGUCUCUGAAAAUAAGGAGUAUGCUUUAAAAGUUCUGAGCAAGUCACAGUUGGUUCAUGACAGAGCAGUGUGCCAAGUUAAGGAAGAGGCGAAGAUCCAGUCCGUUGUUGGCCAUCACCAAUUUAUAGCUGAAGCAGUAUCACGGUGGCAGACAAAGAAGAGACUUUAUAUUGUUUCAGAGUACAUUCCGGGCGGUGAGUUGCUAGCGUUGUUAGACCAGUGGAGAAAGUUACCUGAGGACAUCGUCAAGGUGUUCGUCGCUGAAAUUGCGUUCGCUAUAGAUUUCCUGCACAACGCGGGUAUUAUAUAUCGUGAUCUGAAGCCGGAAAAUAUUCUACUCGAUUCGGACUAUCACAUACGAUUGAUUGAUUUUGGUCUUUCGAAGUGGCUGUCCAUUGGGUCGAGGACUACGACGCUCUGUGGGACUCUUAAAUAUAUGGUGUGGGAUUUGACACGUUAUACCGAAAUGGCGUACACGGCAUUCGCACUUCGCACUUUAUCUCAAACCCUUUAA